AUGAAGAACAUCAUUCAUCUCGACAUUACGAAGAGAGAGAGAGUAAUGAGAGAUCGGAAUAAUCCUAUAGAAAUUUAUUCCGAAGACGAAUUUCGAACUCGAUAUACAUUUUCUAAAUCUGGAUUCGUUCAUAUAUUAAAUCGUGUUGGCGACGAAAUUAGACAUGUCGAUGGAAGAGGAUUGCCAUUAACUGCCGAAAAACAGUUAUUGGCGGCAUUACGAUUUUAUGCCACCGGAAGCUACCAGAGGGUAGCCGGUAAUCUUAUCGGAGUUCACGUCUCUACUGUAUGCAGAACCAUCCAAAACGUCUCAAAGGCAUUAGUACAUCUAAAGAAUGCCGAAAUUGUAUUUCUGACGCAAUCCGAAUUUCCGACUAUUACGCAUGAUUUUUCUUUAUUAUUAAAGGAUAACUUUCCAGGAAUAAUUGAGGCAAUUGAUUGCACUCAUAUUCCUAUCCAGUGUCCUGACAGCAGUAGAGCUCAACUUUUUUAUAAUAGAAUAUCCUAUUAUUUCAUUAACUGCCAGGUAAUCUGUGAUGGAAAGAUGAAAAUUAGAAACAUUGUUGCUCGGUGGCCCGGUUCAACACAUGACAGUAAAAUUUUUUAUAACAGUAGCACUAAAGAAACACUACAUCAAGGAUAUUUUGAAAUCCCACGAAAUUCACUGAUGAUCCGUAUCUGUAUCCGCGGAUAUACAUUUUUAACGAUCCGACACAUCACUAGUGACAGUGGCUAUCCUUGUUUGCCGUAUUUAAUAACCCCGUUUCUAUAUCCGCAAAAUCAUGCCAAAAGACGGUAUAACAAAGCUCAUUCACGAGCAAGAAAUAUCGUCGAGAGAUUAUUUGGGGUCUGGGAAAGUCGAUUUCCAUGCAUUGGAAGUUGUCUAAGAACUAAAUUAGACAACACGCUAAACAUAAUAAUACCCACAGCAAUUCUACAUAAUUGGGCCAUUGAAUUUAAAGAGAAGGGGUUUCUUAUUGAACAUUUAAAUGAAGAAGUAGAGGAAGAAACUUCAGAAAUGAAUGAGCAAUCUGGAUCAGGAUCUGCUCUUCGAAGAUCUAUUGUACUGCAACAUUUCAGUUAA